AUGCAAUGUGAUACCCCUUGCAAUGAUAAACAAAAAGAUGAGGAGAAGUAUGAAGAAAAUAUGAGUGUAAAACAAAAAGAUGAACUACUAAAAAUCGUUAACGAAAUUCCAAAGCUAUAUAAAGAUAAAGAAAAUGAAAUAAUCUCCUCUUUAAUAUAUGGCUACAUUCACAAAUACCCGAAAUCGAUAGAAUCCUAUGAAAGUUUUAUAAAUUUUUAUAUGCAAAAAAAAAAUUAUAAAAGUGCAUUAAAUUUAUUAUAUGCUGUAAUAUAUUUGGAUAAAGACAACAAAAAAUUUGUUGAAUUAAUAAAAAAAUGUGAAGAAAAAUUAGUUUCAAGAAUAUGUAAAAUUCCAGCAAUAUAUAAAAGUCAGUUAUCUUACCCUCAAAAUGUAGGAUUGUAUAGAGAUAGCCAACAUAUAAUAAAUAGUCUAAAUAAUGGAAAUAUGGCUAUGUAUGGACAAAAUGAUAGAUAUAAUCAUGAAAACGAUAGUAAUCCCGAACCUAUAUUGAGCGAAGACAUAUUUAACAAUAAAAUACAUAUAGUUAAACAAGGUAAACAUUAUAUAGCAUUGGCUAAGCAUAAUGUUGAACCUGGAGAAAUAAUAUUUCAAGAAAAACCUUAUAUAUUAACACAGCAUGUUUUUUCAAAUAAUUAUACAUAUUCAACAUGUUAUCAUUGUUUAAAGGAAAGAAAUGUUAGUGAGAAAAGUUAUGCAUGUCCAAUAAAUCCACAUGAUUGUCCAUAUAUUUUUUGUAAUUGGAAAUGUUUAAUAAAUAAUAGGAAGGUUCAUGAAAUUGAAUGUUCAAUAUUACCAAUAAUUCAUGCAGCAUCAAAAGAGUCGGGAAUAAUGUAUUAUACAGUACUUCAUAUAUUUAGAGUUUUAAUAAAAACAAGAAUUGAAAGAAAUUACAAUAAUAGAAAAUAUGAUAUACUAAAUGAUAUAUUUAGUGUUUAUUCAUAUUAUAAUGCAGUUAAAGAAAAUCAAAAAAAUAUAUUUAAAUCAUUCAAUAUAUUGGCAAAUAGAAUAAUACUAGAAUUUCCAUCAUCAUUUUAUUUAUAUCUAAAACAAAAAGAGCUUGUUGAGUUUAUGUUAAUUAUAUGGCAAUACUCUCCAUUUAUAAAAUAUUAUUCACCAUCAUCAAUUUUACAAAAUAUAAACCCUGAAGUAACAUUUGGUUUAGUUUAUUCACCGAUUUUAUCAAAAUUACAUCAUAGUUGUAUACCAACUUGUAGUUACUACUAUGAUGAAGAUGGAUUAUUAACUAUUCGAGCAAUUUGUAAAAUACCUGAAGGUGGAAAAUUAUGUAUUAAUAUAUUACCUGACCAAUAUUUACCUCUUAAAAUUAGAAAAAGUUUUAAAGGUAUACCAAGGGUUUUUGCAUGUGAUUGUAUUAGAUGUUCCGAUCCAACAGAAAAUAAUUUACAUCUAAGAAGCAUGAAGUGCCCAAGAUGUGUAAUUGGAUAUAUUUAUCCUAUAAAAACGGAAGCAUUAGUUGAGGCCUUAAAACUACAUUGGUAUGAUCAAGAAAUGGAUAAUACUAUAUCUAACGAUAAUGACAAUUCCAACGAAUUAGAUCAUGUACAUAAUGAAGAAAAUAUGUCUCAGAAAAAUGUAAGUCAUAAUUCCUUUUUAAAAUUGUCUAAACAAAAUGAAGGAAAUAUAAAUGGUAGUAAUUCAGCAUAUGAUGAAAAAAACAAUCCUGAAAUAAAUAAAAAAUCGGUAGAACAAUCAAGUAGUAAAAAUUCACGCCCACAUUAUUUAAAUGACGAGAAAAAAAAAAAAAUAUGUUCCAAUUUAGAAAAGGAAAUAGAAAGAUGGAUAUGUUCAAACUGUGGGAAGUUAUCACUAAAGGGUAAUAAAAGAUGUGUUAAGUUAGAGAAUAAAAUAUAUUUAUUAUAUAAUGAAGCAGAAAAUAAUUAUAUUAAAGGAAAUAUAAUUACAGCUAGAAAUCAAUUACUAAAACUUUCCAAUGAAUUUUUUAAUAUUUUUCAUCCAAAUCAUUAUAUAAUAUUUAAUGUUAAUGUAUUAUUAGCAGGAUUAUUAAGACAUGAUCCAAAUAAACAAGUUUUUGAUUCUUUGAUUUUUUUCAGAAAGGCAAUUAUAGCAGCAGACAAUGUAUUACCUUCAUGCUCAUUAGAAAAAAUUCAUUUAUAUGCAUGUUUAGCACAUUAUACAUUUAAUUGUUCUAAUAUUUCAAAAUUAUAUAAUAAAGGUUUUGGAUUAUCUAGUAAAUUUAUUUUUGAACCUAUGUAUGCAUCUAUAUGGAAUUCAUAUACUAUUACAGGAUACAAAUCGACAUUAACUAUUUUAUUGUUACAAAAAUUAAGAACAUAUAGUAUAUCUAUGAAUAAGUUUACUCCUUAUAUGGAUAUAGAAUUUCAUAUAAACAGAAAAGAUGAAUUUUCUGAUUUUUAUCGUAAAGUUACACAUAACAAAAAUGAGCCAUUUAGACAAAUUAAACAAGUUGCAAAAAAUGAUCCGUUUUAUCCAAUAUAUAUGGCUUGUCAAUGUAUGGAUAUAAACUUUGAAGAAAAUAAAUAUUUUAUUAACAUAUUUAGAUCUUUUAAAAAUGUUUACUAUUUAGGAAAUGGAUUGAAUGCAUUAUGUUUAGCAGCUGCCUUUGGAAAUAUUAAUCUUGUUAAAGUAUUAUUAAAAUUAAAUUAUUCUCUUUUUUUUAAAAAUGAAUUAAAUAUUAAUGCACUUUUGCAUAUGGCUAGUUCUUAUUUGCCAGAUGAACAAGAUGCAUAUCACUCAAAUUAUUAUUACACGUUAUUAAAAGAAAUAGAACUACAACAUGUUGAAUUGGAACUUUUUGAAAAGGAUUAUUUUGGAAGCAUAAACAUUUUGUCUAAUGGUACAUGUAAUAAAAAUUAUGGAAAAAAACAUAAUUAUAUGAGUCCCUAUAUUUUUAAAAACAAUAUAGAAAAUCCAAUUCCGUUUGAUUUACUAAUGGAUGACGAAUUUAUAUAUGGAGAAAAAAGUAAAGAUAUGGAUAACCGUCAAAAAAAUAUUCUCAUCUUAUUUAUAAACCAUUUGUAUAAUAUUCAAAAAAAAAAAAAAAAAAUACAUAAAAGGAAUCUAAAAUUGAAUCAAAAAAUUUUGGCUAACAAACUGGCAAAAUUUAGAUCCCAAAGUGAAGUAAGCAAUGCUAGCAGUAGCGAUAAGGAAAGUGGCAGUGAUGCUAGUUCGAUCACAAUUGAUGGCUAUCACAAUAAAUAUACCAAUUUGAGAGGAAGAAAGAAUCAUGAUGGUACGGAUUCAGAGAGCAGUAGAAGUAAUAAUGAUAGAUAUAGACACAAAAGUGCUCGAGAAAAGAAAAUAAAAAAUUUAAGUGAUUUAUCUGAAGAAGAAAAUGAUGAAGAUUUGAGUAGUAACAAGUCGUAUAGUAAUUAUAACAAAUCCAAUAAACCUUUGAAAAGUCUAGAAAGUGUUGAUAAACUGAGUAGGAAUAGAAAAAAAAAGAAACAAAAUUCUGAACAAAAUGAAUAUAGCGAAAGUAGUAAUAGUUCAACAUCUGAUAAAAGUUCUAGCAUAAAUAGCCAAAACAGUUUUGAAAAAUAUUAUUAUGAUGAAGAUAAUAUAGAUAUAGAAUCUGCUUCUGAAAACUGUGAUAAUAUAUUAAAUAAUAAAAUGAAUAAUUAUUUUUGUGAAAAAUUGUUAAUACAAUCAGUUUCACAUAAAUUGUUGGGAUUUAAUAAUGCAUUACAUUAUGCAUGUGUAAGGGGAAAAAGAGAGCUAGCUAAACAGCUUUUAAUAAGUGGGGUUCCUGUGAUGUUAAUGAAUCAGGAAGGUAAUACACCUUUACACAUGAGUGCAUUUAGUGGUCAUAAUGAAAUUGUUAAAACAUUAAUUGAAUUUAAAACAGAUGUAAAUUCUGUAAACACAAAUGGAGAAACACCACUGAUGUUAGCAACUUAUCAAUUACAUUUUAAUGUAAUAAAAACAUUAAUCGAGCACAGUGCGAGUGUAGUUGUAAAUGGUGCAAACAUCGAGACUUCAAACAAUGUUGAUAUUAGCAGUAGCAUUGCUAGAAAUAACAACAACACAAUAUUACAUUGCUUAGUAUAUGGUAUAUUAAAAACUCAUAAAAUUUUUUAUAAAAACAAAUUGGAUAUGGAUGAUAUAGCCACAGUUACUACCCAUGGAUUUAGUGAAUUAACUUCUUCGAAAUAUUUAACACAAACAUCAACUUAUUUAAAUAUUAAUCAUACAAUUCCAAAUAUUCCUAUUAUUGAACAGUUACCUCAUGAUUUUUUUCUUUUACCUUUUAAACUAUUGCACAGAAUAAAAAAGGCUAUUAUUAUAAUAAAAUAUUUAAUGGUACAUUGUCCUAUUUAUUUAUAUGAAAUAAAAAAUUCUAAUGGUUACAAUCCUUUUGAAUUAUUAAAAGCUAUUUGGAAAAAAUUAUGUGAAAGACGAAUAGAAAUAUUAGGUGUUUCAGAUUUAAGAAUGUCCUCCUUUAGUGAUAAGCAAAAAAAUAUUGUUUUUCAAGGAUGGUCUCUCAUUACUUCACUAAUUAAUAUACUCUUGUCUAUCCUUCGAACAGAUACAUCUGUUUUGACUUCAAUUUAUAAAAAUUUCAUACAUAUCAAGGACCCAAAUAAUUCUACAACGCAAUUAAAGGAAAUUGAAAAUAAAUCGGGGGAUGCCGAGGCCAAAUCGAGCGAAUCUGCAACCAAAAACGGGGCAGUUUUAAAAAAAUCAUCAUCAAUUAUGACCAAGUCAGGUGAAGUUGAAAAGAAAGCGGCACCAAUUAUGACCAAGUCAGGUGAAGUUGAAAAAGAAGCGGCACCAAUUAUGACCAAGUCAGGUGAAGUUGAAAAAGAAGCGGCACCAAUUAUGACCAAGACAGGUGAAGUUGAAAAAGAAGCGGCACCAAUUAUGACCAAGACAGGUGAAGUUGAAAAGAAAGCAGACGAAAUUAUGACCAAGCCUGGCGGAAAUGAGAAAGAAAACGGAAUGAAGCCAAAGGUCCCAAAAAAGAUGUUCCUCAAGAAAAUGAAACCACCUUUUAUAAAGAAUAAAAGCUAA